AUGAGCAAAGAAGAAGUUUCCAUUCAUGAGGCUGGUCAGUUCUCUGACAGUAGUACGUUCAGUGAAAGCUCUAAUAAUCCAUUCUCGGAUCCUGCCGUGGCAGAGAAGUACCGUCAGAUCUAUGAAAACAGUGAAUACGAGUGUCGUCAUAGAUUUGAUCCAGACUUCACGUGGACCAAGAAGGAGGAGAAAAAAGUCGUUUGGAAGCUGGAGUACAAGGUGACUUUGUUUGCCUGUUUCAUGUUUGCUGCUUUGCAGGUGGACCGCGGUAAUCUUGCUCAGGCUGUUUCUGAUAACUUGCUCGAAGAUAUCAACAUCACUACCAACCAGUACAACACCGGAAACACCAUUUUCUAUGUUUGUUUCCUCGCCAUGGAGCUGCCAUCCCAGUUGAUCUCGAAGAAGUUGGGAGCAGACGUUUGGAUCCCUCUUCAAAUGUGUGCCUGGUCAAUCGUCAGUCUUUGCCAAUUCUGGCUGAAGGGAAAGAAGUCCUUCUAUGCUUGCCGUGCGUUGUUGGGUCUGUUUGAGGGAGGUUUCAUUCCUGACUUAGUUCUGUGGAUGUCGUAUUUCUUCACCGGCUCUGAGCUAUCUUUGCGUUUGAGUUUCUUCUACACGAGUUUGGAACUUGCCAUGCUUAUCUCUGCCUUCGAGGCAUACGGAUUCCUGCACAUGCGUGGUGUUGCGGGCAAGCCUGGUUGGUCUUGGCUGUUCCUGAUCGAGGGAAUCAGCACUUUGCUUAUCGGAAUUGUUGCUUGGUUCACCAUGGUUCCUAGUGCGGUCCAAACCAAGAAGUUCUGGAACAAAAAAGGAUGGUUCACCGAGAGAGAGGAGAAGAUUGUGGUUAACAGAGUUCUUAGAGAUGAUCCAACCAAGGGUGACAUGAACAACAGACAGGGAUUGACUCCAAAGAUGUUGUUCGAAGCAUUGGCAGAUUAUCACCAAUGGCCAACGUACCUUCUUUCUCUCUUUGCAAUUAUCCCAACUAUCACUCUGAACGCCUACUUCACGCUACUGUUGAAGAAUCUUGGAUUCACCACUUUCCAGGCAAACUUGCUCACUAUUCCAAGUUACAUCAUCCACAUCAUUUUGCUUAUCGGCAUAACAUGGUAUGCCGAGUACGCAAAAGAGCGAUUACUGGUGUGUCUGACUCAGCCAAUCUGGACAGUCCCAUUGUUGGGUGUUCUGCGUUGGUGGAAGGGCGCCAACAUCAACAAAUGGGGAACCUAUGCCGUGGUAACCCUGAUAAUGGGAGGCCCUUACAUCCAUCCUAUUUUGAUGGCUAUGUGUUCGCGUAACUCGCAGUCUAUCAAAAAUAGAACUGUUUCCGCUUCGCUUUACAACAUGUUCUUGCAGGCUGGUAUGAUCAUUGCCUCAAAUAUCUACCGCACACCCGACAAGCCAAUGUAUUACACAGGAAACACUGUUUUGUUCUGGCUGGCUUUUGCUAUGCUACCAUUACUGAUCUUUAGCAAGGUCUACUAUGUUCUGGUUAACAGAUAUAGAGAGAAACGCUGGCAAGCAUUGACUCCAGAGGAGAGAGAAGACUACUCAACUUCUACUUUGGAUGUUGGGUCCAAGAGACUUGAUUUCCGUUUCGAUCAUUAG